AAGUAAGUCUAGAAGAUUAGCAAAUAGUUGAUUGCAUAAGAUAGAGUUCUUCUUUUGACACUAUCGCCUAGAUGAUCCUCCGAAUGAAAAUGAUGUUGUCUUAUUAUCACAUGACUUUGAUCUCAUAUAUGCGUACUAUUUAUCUAUCUUCAAUGUUUUUUUAUCAUGCUCACACAUCUUCCUCAUAUGAGAAUCGUGGACCUACAAUGCCAUUUGGCGAUUGGUCUACUAAUAAAUGCGUUUAAAUCAAAAGAAACGUUUCGUAGCUAGAAUAUAAUUAACAACAACACGAUAGAUAAUAGAUUAGUAAUCUUGCUCAAUGGACCCACGUACUACUAUUGUCCUUAGAUGAAAAUGAUUCGCAUUUUAAGAAUUUCUCGUUGAUGCACAUAUCAUUCAUUCUCGUCAAAUGCUAAAACAAUUUCAUGCACAAUAGCAAGGAGCUGACUAACAGUUGAAUGUCGACGUCAAAAACACAUGAAGAUAGUGUUUAGGGCUUGAUCUUUUUCACUAUUCGAUGUUCAACGAUCUCUUCUAUAAAAAUGGUAAGAAUCGCAUAUUUUUAUCUCUUUUCUAGUAGAAUUUAUUUCAAAAACAUUGGACUGUAUUAUAUCUUGACUUCGAUAGUAGAUCUAUUUACCAUAAAAAAUUCAGACUGUACGGAAAUAUCGGUUGUAAACUGAUUUCAUAUGGAUUUAGGCAUAUGCAUUUUCAAAGUAGAUACUAGGUUCAACUGAUUUUCAGGUAAUUUAGGAUUUUCGCAUAAACAUAAGGUGAAGGGACAGUACCAAAAAGGAACAUGGAAAAUAAAGAAAAGCUACAAUACUAAAUUCGUGUGAAAAGAUAAGGAUUUUUCUCUUUACCUUCGACAUGUGGUUCUUUACCCUGUAAAAAAGAAACAACUUGUUGUUUAAAUAAAAGUCAGCAAUUGGUAUAUAACAUAUCGAUAAGAUAAAAAAGAAGAUCAUUCUUGUUUUAAUAUAAAUACUGCUUACUCCAAACAGACAACAUGUUUUAUCCACAAUAUGGAUGUGAAAUUUGUUGUAAUUUUACUUUUUGUUGAACUGGCUGCACUUAGAUUUAGUAUUAAACAUAUCAUUGAAAAAGAAAUAGAUCUUUAUGAUAUAUUUGAUCAUAACCCAAUGAUAGUUAAUAUAUCAAAUGUAAAGUAUCAAUGUUUUGAGAAAAUAAAUCAUUGUCUUUAUAAUUAAUUCAAGCCAUUUACGAUUUAUAAAUAUUAUACAUUUGAUAUUAAUUUGUGUUACAAUUCUAUCUUAUAUAGGUUUAUUGAUUAUUUUGAUACUUAAAAAAGUUGAUCUUAUAUUUGAAUUGUAUGAUACUACAAAAAUUAGUCCAUAUAAAUGGUCAAAAUUAUUUAUAUUAAUGUCAGUUGGUAUUAAUUGUUUUUUAUUAGGUUUACAUUAUCAUUUUGAAAAUAUUAAUACCCAGCUAUGUAGUCAAAAUAGUAAAAUAAUACGUAUAGAAAAUUUAUCAACGUAUAUUAUUAUAAAUGUAAUGGAAGUUUCUUAUUUAUUAUUUGAUUUUAUGAAGCAUGAUAAAGAUGCUCAAUAG